CAACCUCCAUGCUUGACAUUCCCCCCACUUCAACCCCUCUUGACCAGGCCAACAUCCUCUCCACGGUUCAAAUAUCAACUUUCAACCACGUCUGUUUCCCGACCCAUUGACUGAGAGCUACAGUGGCGUCCGCCUCGAAGUCCCCUUAACCACAUCCCAACUCAAACGAACAGAAAUAGCCAUUAACCCGGAAUUCCCAUCCAAUCCCACCGUAAAAUGGGCAAGAAGCGCAUCUUGGUCGGUUACGGGGUAGACAUCGAUGCGGUCGCAGGUUGGCUAGGGUCAUAUGGUGGAGAGGAUAGCGUAAGCGAUAUCAGUCGCGGCCUGUGGGCCGGGCACGUCGGCACCCCGCGGCUACUGAAGCUGUUCGAGAAAUACAAUAUCAAGGCAUCCUGGUUCAUUCCCGGCCACACGUUGGAGACAUUCCCGGAGGAGUGCGCGCAGAUCCGGGAUGCGGGCCACGAGAUCGGAUUGCAUGGCUAUUCACACGAGAACCCGGCCAGCAUGACGCGGGAGCAGCAGCGGGACAUUCUCGAUAAGACCUAUAAAAUGCUCCGCGACUUCUGUGGUAAGCCGCCGCGCGGGAUUGUCGCCCCAUGGUGGGAGGCCAGUGCGGAGAUGGUGGAACUGCUGCUGGCCUACGGGAUUGAAUAUGACCACUCCAUGUCUCACGAAGACUGCCAGAUGUACUGGUUGCGGACGGGGGACUCAUGGACGAAGAUUGACUACAGCCAAAAGGCGGAGACGUGGAUGAAGCCACUAGUUCGGGGCCAAACGACCGGCCUGGUGGAGAUUCCGGGGAGUUGGUACAUUGACGAUCUGCCACCCAUGAUGUUCAUCAAGAAUUCUGCGAAUAGCCACGGGUGGGUGAAUCCGCGGGACGUGGAGGAUAUCUGGAAGGAUCACUUUGAUUAUUUCUACCGCGAGUAUGACGAAUUUGUUUUCCCCAUGACGAUACACCCGGAUGUUUCUGGGCGACCGCAUGUGCUACUUAUGCAUGAAAGGAUUAUCGAGCAUAUCAAUAAACACGAAGGGGUGGAGUGGGUCACCUUCGAGCAGAUGUGCGAUGAGUUCAAGAAGAAGAAUCAGCCGCCCGCUGGGGCGCCGAUGCCGGCGGCUGCGGAAAACGUGCCCUAA